GCGGGCGGUUCCGGCUGGCCGGGCGAGGGCGCGGGCCCGGGCGCGGGUCCGAGCGGCGGCGGCAUGGCCAUCGCGCACCUGGCCACCGAGUACGUGUUCUCCGACUUCCUGCUCAAGGAGCCGGCGGGCCCGCAGUUCCAGGGGCUGCGGCUGGAGCUGGCGGCCGACAAGGUGCUCACGUGCGUGGCCGUGGGGCUGCCGCUGCUGCUCAUCUCGCUGGCGUUCGCGCAGGAGAUCUCGGUGGGCACCCAGAUCAGCUGCUUCUCGCCCAGCUCCUUCUCCUGGCGCCAGGCCGCCUUCGUGGAUGCCUACUGCUGGGCCAGCGUCGGGCAAGUGGACGCCAGCCAGCCGCUGUGGCUGCACAAGUUCUUCCCGUAUAUCCUGCUGCUGGUGGCCAUCGUGCUGUACCUGCCGUCCCUCUUCUGGCGCUUCACGGCGGCUCCCCACCUGUGCUCGGACCUCAAGUUCAUCAUGGAGGAGCUGGACAAGGUCUACAACCGCGCCAUCAAGGCCAUCAAGAGUGCCAGGGAGCAGGACGCACCUGACGGGGGCUGCCCGGGGCCGGGGGCCGGCCUGAGCCAGAGCCCGUGCGAGCUGUCUGAGCGCCAGUUUCAUUACCCGAUCGUGGAGCAGUUCCUGCGCAGCAAGCGUGGCGCCCGCGGGCUGGUGGCCACCUACCUGGGCUGCCGGCUACUGUCUCUGGUGGCCCUGGCCGCGGCCUGCGCCUACCUGGCCUUCUACCUGGGCUUUGCGGCCAGCUCGGACGAGUUCGCCUGCAGCGUGCGCUCCGGUGUGCUGGCCAACGACAGCAGCGUGCCCCCGCGUUUCCAGUGCAAGCUGGUGGCCGUGGGCGUGUUCCGCCUGCUGGGUGGCCUGCAGCUGGCCGUGUACCUGGCGCUGCUGCCUGCCGCAGCCUACGCGCUCUGCCUGCCGCUGCGGGGCCGUGCCCGCGUGCUGCGCGCCUACCAGCUGCUGCCCUCCGUGGACGUGCAGGCGCUGACCGCCCGCCGCUUCGACGACCUCAGCCUAUACCUGCUCUUCCUGGAGGAGAACGCGGGUGAGCUCAAGUCUUACCGCUGCCUGUCGGUGCUGCAGCACCUGCAGAGCACCCCGGGCGCAGACCCCCUGCUGCUGCUCGCCUGCCUCGGCCUCGUGCGCACCGAUGCACUGGACGGACGGCCACGGCACCCCCACGGCCCCGCCACUGAGCUCACGGAUCUGGCCGCGAGCAGUGACAAGCAGACCAACCACGAGGACAAGAGCGCACGGCAGAGGCUGCUCAACAGCUCCUGAGGGCAGUGGGCAGCACGCUUCCGGUGGACACUGCCGCUCAGGCCCCUCGCAGAAACGUGAGGGAAAUGUGCCGAGUGCCAGACAUGCCAGCCAGCAGGCCACGGCAUGCAGAUGAUGGCCAGCGAGUGCCCACGGGCAGCCUCUCAGGCGCCUGCCUGGAGUCCUGCCACACACAGGCCAGGCACACGGCCUCUGGCUCUGUGGGCCGCCCGCCAGGCUCUGCCCUCUGAGGGCUCCGUCA